AUGCGUCGAGAUUACGAGGAAACCCCCCCAGAGGGAGCCCGUGACUUUCGUAUGGAUCUUCCGUCCAAUAACCUGGAGAAACACUUUGAAUACGUCUACGAUCCCGGUCUAGGCCACAUUGUCCCGAAUCUUGAACCCCCUCCUCCUCCAGCAGAGCCCAGCAUGAUAGGCGUCUAUUUUGGGUUUGAUUCACAUCUUCCGGAGCAAGAAUGCCAUCUUGCUGUCCUUCAAGCGCGCUUCCCUAGCAAUGUUGAGGAUUUUGUUCGAAGCGAUGAGGUCCGCUUCCCUGAGCUUCCUGACAAAGUCAAACCUGUCUUGAUGAGAUUUCUCUACACCGGAGAACUCAAGCGCCCUAAAGUAAACGCCAGCAGUACCCUUGAUGAGCUUUACGAAGCAUUCGAGAUCAUGUUUCAUCUCAACGCUGCAGGCUGCUACUCAGCCAUCAUCACUCUGACAGCCGAGUCUCAUGCGUCUCUUUGGCUAAUCAACCUGUACAUGUCUGAAGAAGAAACCAAAGACAUUAUUCGGGAGAUUCAGGAAGACUGGCCCAACUGUGCUCCUAAUUGGUAUAAAGCCUUCCUCGCCGACUGCGAGUACACCCAUGUUAACGCAAUGGCGACGGAGUUGAAAAAACCUCUGACUUAUGACCCUGGGGAAUAA